AUGCCAUCCUCCUUCCAUUCCCCAAACCUCCCACCAACCCCGUCACACCCGCGUCUCUCCCAGCCCAGCCGCAUUGCCGCCCUCUUCGCGCUAGUCGCUCUCGCCUCUCUCCUCACCUGCAUCUUCCUCUCCCUCCCACCCGCGGCCCCUCCGCCGCUCCCCCUCGUCCCCCUCACCGCCAUCGCCGCUGCCGCCCAACCACAUGCCGCCGUGACUGUCGCAGGAGGGAGAGGGGGAACAGGACGGCGGUUGCAGGGGCUGCGCGCGCCCCGUGACACCAAGCGCAAGUGGAAUGGCGGAAGCUUCCUCGAGUUCUCUGCGGACGAGAGUGCGCGCAUUAACGGACUGGGGGGGAGUGGGAGUGCGCGAGAUGGGGGGGCGCAAAGGGAGUCGGGGGAAAAGGGAGCGGAAAAGACGAAGAACAGCGGAUGGGCAGGCGUAAGCAGGCGGGUUGGAGGGAUGAUGUGGCGGGUGCGAUGGUGGGGAGGUGGGGGUGGAUCAGACGGAAGCAAGUCUGAUGCCGUUGGCGCGAGCGACGAGCGCGCACGCCAUGGCGGCGUGGCGGAGAGCGCGAGGGCGCUGGUAGUUACGGCAAGGGGCGGACGCGGCGGGCAGCCGCUGCAGCACAGCGAAGGCGGGGAGAGCCGUGGGGCGCGGGAGGGCAACGGGGAAGUGCAGGACGCGGUGGCGCCAGGGGGUGUGGCGCAGCAAGUGGAGGGGCGCGGAGAGGGGGGGGAAGGGGUGGUGACGGGGAUGCGUGCGGUGGGGCGGCUGGCGGACAUGGAGGUGCUGCCGCUGGGGCAGGGGAUGGGGGGUCGACGAGAGGCAGUGGCAGGGGGAGAUGAGGGGGGGAGUGCGUGUGAGCGGAUGGCAGGGAGGACAGUGCAGAGGGUGGGUAGGCGCGGGGCGCUGGUACCUGAGGAGGGCCGCGCGCCCGCCAACGCCACCUCGCCUGCGCGCAGGGGCGGGGAGAGCAGGGCGCGCGCAGCAGCGGAGGGGCGCGGGCAGUGGCGCGUGCGGCGCGUGGCGCUGCACCCGGCAGUGCGGCGCUCCACGGGGCUGCCCCUGCGCUGCCACCACUGGCGCAGCGACGCCGUCUUCCUCCUCUCCGCCGCCCUGCCCGCCCACGGCCUCAGCCCCCUCCUGCCCGUGCGCCCCCCGCCCUCCCCCCUUGCUUCUCCCCUCCCCACCAUCUUCCCCUCGAAGCUUUCUCACGUACUCCCCUCGCUGCUGUACAUCUAUUCCCCUGCGUUCCCACGUAUUCCGCUCUGCUUUCCUACUUACUCCCCUCUGCUUUCCCUCUUAGUCCACCUCUCUUCUACACCACUUGCUUCCCUCUCGGCUUUCUCACUUCGUCCGCCUUCAUUCUUUCUUGCUUCCUCACGUUCUGCUCUCUCGCUUCCUCUGCUCGCUGCUACCCCAUGUGCACGCCUCUCUGUGGCGCCAUGCCAUGCCGAAUUGGAUGCGCGCCUGCAGUCGGUGGGGCUACAGUACACGCUCGCCCUCGUGCCGCGCAACGUCUCACAUGCCCACGCUCUCAGGUACGCCCCUCUGUACCGCGCAGCACCGCAGGGUGGGGUGCGAGCAGGGGCAGGGAGGCAGGACGUGCGGUACAGUGCAGCGCAUGCGGAGGUGUGGGCGCGCGUGGUGGCGGCGCGGCUGCCGUUCGCCCUGGUGCUGGAGGAGGACGCCCUCAACCGCAGCGAGGGCGUUGCCGCCUGGCAGGCGCGCUUCGAAAUGCUGCUGUGGGAGCUGAAUCUGCUGAUGCUGCAGCGCGCCGACCGUUUCUUCUUUGACGUGCUGCUGCUGGCGCGCCACGGCCUCGCGCCCUACGCGGAGCAGCAGCUGGCUCCGGGCAUCGUGAGCGCGCAGCCCAGCCAGGCCAUGCACGCCUACCUGCUCUCCUACGCCGGCGCCAAGCGCCUGCUCGCCCUCUCCCGCUUCCACUCCAGCCAGCGCGCAUGCAUGUGCCUCUUCAAUUUAAUCCGUGCAUCACCUCCCUCUGUCUUCCUCCUCUCUCUCACCCCCUGCUGUCCCCUGCCCCUGCACAUGCCCCCCUGUCGACCGUGCAGGCCACUGGCCGAGAGCACGGGAGGCAUCCCCGGCUUGACCGUACUGGCAGCGGAGCCGCCUCUCUUCGCCACCACCAUCUUUGCCUGCUCGCCCAAACCCUGCCGCACACCGCCCCCUGCGCUCUCCCUGCCCGCCUCCACGCGCCUCACCCCCGCCUGCCGCUCCACCAUCCUGCUCGCCCUCCCCGCCCACCCCUCCAUGCCCGGCGCUGCCCUGCACGCCCCCUGGCGCAUGCGCGACCCUGCCCCCGCCGGCCCACGCUCCUCCAUCCCCUCCUCCUCGCCCGCCUUCUGCCCACACCUCUCCCCCGCGCAGUGCCUGCUCGCACACCACCUGCAGCACCUGCUGCCCAAUGUGCACGCCCCUCCCCCGCUCCUCCUCCCCACCACGCUGCCCCCCUCGCUGCCCCUCUGGCCGGCCUACGUGCUGUCGCUGCGCCGCUCCCCCCAGCGCCUGCAGCGGGUGCUGCCGCUGCUGCAGCAGCAGGGCUUCGGGGACGUGGUGGUGGCGCACGCCGUGGACGGGGGGGGCACGGGGCAGAGACAGGGGGGAGGGGCGCAGGGGCGGGGGGAGGAGGCGGAGGUGGAGGCGGAGAGGAACCUGGACGUGUUUGGGGGGCUGGUGGGGGCGGGGGCGGUGUCGGUGACACGGCGCUCCAUCAGGUGGCACAAGCUGGCGGAGCGGCGGCGCGAGCGGCUCACGAGAGGGGAGGUGGCGUGCGCUCUCUCGCACUACCUCGUGUGGCUCGAGGUGCUGCGCAGGAAGCUUCCCUACGCCAUUGUACUGGAAGAUGACGUCACCUUCACUACAAGCACAUUCCGGGCCGACUUUGAACGGAACAUCGCCGAGGCCAAUGAGCUGUUGACACGUCAGCACAGCCCGGAGUCACCACCCGACAUCCUGUUUGUGGGGCACAUGGGGGUGCUGGCAGGCCACUUCAUGCCGCUGCUCUCCCCCCACAUCGCAUGGGACCCCCUCUCCUGGUGCUCCUUUGCCUACAUCAUCUCCCACCGCGGUGCAGCGCGCCUGGUGGAGGGCUUUAAGGUCGACGACCCCCUCGACUCCCUUUCGGUGCAGGGCGAGUCUGGCUCUAGCAGGGUGCUGUAG